GUCGGCGACCGUACUGAAAGCGCAAACGUUUACACCGACUAUACCGCACGUAACCGAACACGACCACGUUCACAUACACAAAUCCUAGAUAACGUGACACGUCGCGAUAAAGUUUUUUUUUUCCCUCGUCGUUUUUUAAAUAAUAUUUCGCUCAACCGUGCGUAGGUACGACAAACCAAGUACCCGGUUUUCGGUGGCCAUGUCCGUUACCAUAAUUAUAUCGUGUUGACGCGUCCGUUUGGUGUCUGUCGUGGUGACCGAACGCAUCCGAGCGGUGUCCGCCGCGCGGAAAUCGGCCGCCGCGGAUGGAGUCGCCUCGGACGACCCCGACGGCCAAGAGACCGCGGGCUGUCGCCUUGAUUUGUCUGAUCGCGGUGCUGUUGGCUCUGACUUCGGACGCGGUGUUCGGCUUGAAGGGCGUCCGGAUUUGGAACCCUGAAGCCAUCCGAGCGGGCGAGCUGUUGCGGCUUUCUUGCGACUACGAUCUUGAGGGGGUGCCACUGUACUCGAUAAAAUGGUACUUUGGAGACCAGGAGUUCUACAGGUUCGUUCCGAAAGAGUCACCGCCGACCAGGGUAUUCCCGCUUUCGGGUACAACAUCGGUUGACAUAUCUGAGUCGGACGAUCACUCAGUCACACUGACCAACCUACCUCGGGACAUGUCAGGCCACUAUAAAUGUGAAAUUUCAGCGGAUGCUCCACUGUUUCAUACGCAAAUCAAAGAGUCAUACAUAACUAUAAUUGAAGAACCACAGACGCCGCCACUUAUGUUUGCCGGUAAGCUCAAGUACAUCAAGGACGAACCAGUAAAGAUAAACUGCACUUCUUAUUCGGCGUUUCCAGCCACCAAUCUCACGUGGUUCAUAAACGACAAAAAGGUAACGAAUUCGACGAAAUACGCAAAGACGACUGCUUGGGUUACUGCUGAAGAAGACGGGCUGCUGACCAGCAAAUCGCGGCUGGAGCUGACGACCCACGCAGCGUACUUCCCGGGUGGCCGUAUGACGGUCCGCUGCGAGUCCAAUCAGUUUCUGUUGUACAAAAAAUACUCAGUUAUUGAGCUGAUGGACGACUCACCGAGACUGGCUCAGAUGAUUAGCCCCACUACCGUGCUGAGAUCGGGUGGACCACAAGCGAGUUCAGCUGAUCGUUUUGCUACCAGAUGCGUGUUCGUAUUGGUCGCCUUUGUAGCCAAUCGAAUAGCACCAUCUCUCUUAAGAUAGCUUAACGAUUCUCACGCACAAUAGCCAAACACCCUGACAUUAUUAUUAUUACGUCAUGUUAUAACAGACGAUAUU